UUAAAAUUCAGAAUCUGAAGUCGCACGUGCUUUGACGUGGGAUUGAUUAUUUACAGUUUUGUCUCGCUUUUUAGCGAAUAAUAUCAGGACAAUGGCGAAAGGAAAGAAGUUUAGAUACAGUGUUAACAGGCGUCGCAUGUGGAAGAAGGCUAAGAAGAUGCCAACAAUUACUUGUAAGCCAAUAAAGGAAGCAUGGGAUCCUAGAAAGAGUAUGGAGAAAAACCUGGCUGAUUUUGGUUUGUCAAUGGACCCCAACAAGACAAUACCAAUACCCAAAGCUAGGGAUGCAUUCAUGAAGCACAAGGCACUAGACAUAUCCAAGAUGACCGACAUUGCACCAAAAGACCCAGCAAAGCUCUUUGUUUUACAUGCCCUUGAGGAUAUGGCCAACGUACCACCUGGUCGAGGUAUACGGAUAUCACAACCACUCCUUCGUUACUGUGUUCACAUGAUGGAAACAUACGGUGAAGAUUACAAGGCAAUGGCGAGAGAUGCCAGAAACUACUAUCAAGACACACCGAAACAAAUCCGCAAUAAAAUCAUCUUAUUCCAAAGCAUCCCUGAGCAGUACAACCCAUACCUGAAGGGGAUCAGUGAAAAAAAAACAGGUGAAGUGAUGGACACGAGGUGAGCUGAACCACACUACUGGUGGACGGACCUCUUUUGCUACCCAAUGCAUGAUGAAGGAAAUUCCUGCUACAAAUAUGGAUUCAUCUUUCAAACUACAAUCCUUUGGAUGUCAAGAAACAUACUGUACACAGGAUACUUUGUAAAAACUUUGAAAGUUCUGUUUUGUUGGUUUUUGUCACUUUUCUCCCACAUUUUUUUCUUCUUUUAUAUGAUUUUUGGGAGUCGGUUUUUGUAUAAUAUCACUAGUGACAUUUAUUUUAUUUUCUCCCCGACUUGGAAUUAAACUCUUGGACCCCUCUCAUAAAAUAGAGGAAAGUUAUAUGCCUGCAUGAUAAUCUUUCUACUUUAAUAGCUCAUUCCUUGUGAUGUUUCGUGUCAUUCGAGCCCAAAUAAUUCUUUCAAUUUCAAAAUCAGGAAAUUGAAAUCUACCUUGGAUCCUCUCAAUGCCAUAUAGCUUUAAAGGCAGUGGACACUAUUGGUAAUUACUCAAAAUAUUUAUUAGCAUAAAACCUUUCUUGGUGACGAG